AUGUUUGAUAUCCUUAAGAAUAUAACCAGCUGCACUUUUCAGUGUAAGGGCUAUGAUUCACACGAUGUUUUUAGAAGACUACAUCUUUCCGUAAAGAAUGAUAUUCUAAUUGAAAAAGUGGAAAAUGAUCAAUUGCUUAAACCCAAAAAGCUUAAUAUUGGUGUUGCAUCCCAUCCUGGAGAAUUUGAUCAGCUUGCGAAGGGAACCAGUUCUGUUUUGAAAAAUCAAGAUAGAGCAAAAUAUCAGCUUAAUGCUACAAAAGCCUCUUUAGGCAUUCGUAAGAAUUCUGAUUUCUUGGGGGAUUUAGCAAAAAUUUAA